AUGACCUCAACUGAGACACAGAAUGCCUCUUCUCCAGACGUAAAUCGAGCCGGCGACAAUGGCCACGACGAUGCGAACCAGACCGAGCCUGCGCAGGCAGCCGUGCCACAAGCAUCCCAGCACCAUUCCUUAAGGCACCAUCUCCUUGGUCCGUCCUUGACAAAGGCUGGUCAAGACGGCGUCGAUCAGAAAAAAGUCUCUGAGAUUAUCUACGAAGCCUCGAAGGGCUCGAAAUAUUUCAAUAACGAGGAGGUCAAAGACAAAACCCUGACGCUGAAGAUCGACCGCAUUCUCAAACAGAAGGCUCAAUUGGAGAAGCUGGACCUGAGGUCAGACCAGCGUCGAGCAGAUGACUAUAUUGCCUCUCUCGAGCUAUCAAGAGACUUGUCACAGUAUGUUGUGCACAUUGAUUGUGACGCAUUCUACGCAGCUGUCGAGGAAAUCGACCGCCCCGAGCUGAAGACUGUGCCCAUGGCUGUUGGCCAGGGUGUACUGACGACGUGCAACUACGAGGCUCGCAAGUAUGGAUGCCGCAGCGCCAUGGCUGGCUUUGUUGCCAAGAAGCUCUGUCCCCAGCUGAUAUGUCUUCCGUUAAAUUUUGACAAGUACACCGCGAAGGCAAAUGAAGUCAGGGCCAUAUUAGGCGAAUAUGACCCGCGUUUCGAAAGUGCCAGCAUUGACGAGGCGUAUUUGAACAUCACAGACUAUUGCAAUGCCCAUCACAUUGACCCAGAAGCUGCAAUCGAGCAACUCCGGAACGAGGUCCGCGAGAAAUGCAAGAUCACCAUCUCUGCUGGCAUCGCACCAAACGCGAAAAUGGCCAAAAUCUGUUCCAACAAGAACAAACCUAACGGCCAAUUUCGGAUUCCCAAUGAUCGAGCUGCCGUCAUGUCAUUCAUGUCGACUCUUCCCGUCCGCAAGGUCAAUGGAGUCGGCCGAGUGUUUGAGCGCGAACUUGAAGCCAUCGGCAUUAAAACAUGCGGCGAAAUUUAUGCCCAGCGAUCCUACUUGGCCAGACUAUUUGGAGAAAAAGCAUUUCAAUUCCUGAUACAGACUUAUCUCGGUUUGGGUCGGACGGUGGUACAACCUGCAGACGAAUAUGAACGGAAGAGUGUUGGUACAGAAAGCACAUUCCGAGAUAUCAGCAGUAAAGAAGAGCUCCGUGAAAAGUUACGGCAUACCGCGGAAGAGCUAGAAAAGGACAUGGCUCGCGUCGAAGUCAAAGGGCGAACGCUUGUGCUCAAGGUCAAGCUUCACACGUACGAAGUCUUCACGAGACAGUUCGCUCCACCCAAAGCGGUCCAUCUCGCAGAAGAUCUGUAUAAUUACAGCGUUCCAAUGUUAGCUAAGCUCGAGAGGGAGAUCCCGGACUUCAGGCUCCGUCUGAUGGGGCUACGCUGUACGCACCUCGUCAGCACGAAGAAAAACACGGGUGACUUCUUCCGUCGGAAGGUCAACACUACGCAAGCUAACGAGAAACCGAACGAUGGCGGCGAAUGGGAAGUCUGGCCAGACGCUGAGUUUGAGGACGCAGCACGACAGGAGCGACAAGAGGAGAUGGAGGAGCUCGAGCGAUUGAGCCAGGAACAAGAACAUCGGCAGCAACACGCCGAUGAGCCAGGCUUCGAAGCCGACUUGGGAGAGGGAUAUACUUCCACGGCGGAUUGGCACGAACCUUUCGGGCGAUACAAAUACGGCAGUGAGCCCAAUUCCCCUGCUUCAGUCGCCAAAGCCGGGCAUUUGAGGAAUCAAGGUGCAGCACCGUCCGCACGCAAGCAGAACGCCACCCAGUUAUGGGAGUGUCCGAUCUGCCAACUUCCGCAACCAGCCAAUGACCGGGAUUUCAACCAUCACAUAGACCUGUGUCUUUCAAGGCAGACAAUCAAGGAGGCUGUCGCCGAAACUGACGGACCUUCUCGCGGCACCUCUUCCCGCUCAUCGCCCGAGGUCGUGGUGCCAGGGAGGUCCCGCUUGACGAAUACAACCAACGGCAAGGCGAAGAGGAAGGCUGCCGGCAGCAUAUCUGUACCCGGCGAGGUUGCUCCAGGGAGGAAACAGAAGAAGUUGUUUUUCACGUAA